AUGCCCAGGUCUUCGCUACCUCGAAACAUACUGCUCCGACGCUCGACGAGAUCGUUACCUAUUCAGACCCCUCGACCAAUAGCAUCUCGCUCAAUAACCACCACAACCUCUUCAUCAUCUCCUUCAUCAUCUAACCCUCGUCAAGACGCACCCUCUACCUCAACCUCAUCAUUCAGCACCAUCAACGCCUCUGAGAUCUCACACUUUUCCUCCCUCUCUUCGCAAUGGUGGGACGAAACCGGUGAAUUCAAAUUACUACACCGUAUGAACCCUACGCGUAUAGAAUACAUAAGACAGAAAGUCGCUCUGGGCCCAUCGGAAGGGGAAGAAUGGACAUUCGAAAAUAGGCAUUCUGACUUUACGCGAGAAUCGAAGAGGGGAACAGGUCUGUGGCUAAGUGGGAAAAGAUGUUUGGACGUGGGUUGUGGAGGUGGAUUGUUAUCUGAAUCAUUAGCCAGAUUAGGCGGUCAGGUCGUCGGUGUAGAUGCGAGUGAAUCGAAUAUCGGGAUAGCGACUACCCACGCUCAACAGGAUCCAUCUUUAUCGACCAAGAUGCAAAAUGGAGAAUUGAAAUUCGUACAUUCCUCUGCGGAAGUUCUGAGAGAUGCAGGAGAGAAAUUCGAUGUGGUCUGUGCGAUGGAGGUGUUGGAACAUGUUGAUCAGCCAGGGGAAUUUAUGAAAUGUUUAGGGCAGAUGGUAAAGCCCGGAGGUCAUCUGAUACUCUCAACGAUAUCUCGAACACCCUUAUCUCAACUCUUAACUCUCACAUUGGCAGAAGAUGUCUUACGACUAGUCACACCUGGAACACACACAUAUAGGAAAUUCGUCAAGCCGCUCGAACUGCGCAGGUUCGUAUAUUCAGAUAUGGGCGGAUACGAUACAUGGCACAGGAAUGAGGACGCUAGUGAUAUCAGGACGGAAGAAGUAGGCGAGACUAGAGGAAUAGUGUAUGAUCCCUUGGCGGGUAAAUGGAAAUUAUGGGGUGGGGUGGAAGGAAGCACGUGGAAAGAAGUUGGGGAAGGGUGUAAUUAUAUGUAUCAUGCUAGGAAGAGAGUGUAA